AUCAGAGUAGAAGAGAAUGGUUGGUUCGGCGUUGGCGAAGUACGUCUUGAUGACCUUAACGUGUACCCUUUCGAAGUGAAUGUUACACCAGAUGAACUAAAGCGACUGGAGCGAAGUCGUAUCUCACAUAGUCAUUUGGAAGAUUCAAAUGAUUUCUGGUAUGGAUUCAAUUCAAAAGAGUUGGAGGUAUUCAGACAGUACUGGUUGAAGAACUAUGACUGGAAGAAACAUGAAAACAUCAUUAACCAGUUCAAGCAGUACAAAACGGAGAUCGAAGGCGUCAAGGUUCACUUCAUUCAUGAACCGGCGGCAAAAGGCUACAGAAAGGUACUGCCUCUUCUCAUGGUCCAUGGCUGGCCUGGAAAUGUUUUCGAAUUCUACAAAAUCAUUCCCAUGUUGACAGAUCCCAAGAAACAUGGAAUCAAGUCAGAUGUCGCUUUCGAAGUCGUGGCACCGUCCAUUCCUGGAUAUGGAUGGUCUGACCAACCAAAACGAUCAGGCUUCAGCCAGGUGGCAUGUGCUCGAGUUUUCCGGAAGCUGAUGGAACGACUUGGUAUCAAGAAAUUCUAUGUGCAGGGAGGCGAUUGGGGCUCACUCAUUGUCAGCAAUCUCGCUAAACUCUAUCCAGCUCAGGUUUUCGGUGUUCAUCUGAACAUGCUGUUUACAAUGCCCGACUCCUCGUUGAAGGUGGCAGCCCUUGAGAUCAUUGGCUCAUUGGUCCCGAAGGUAAUCAAUUUAAAUAACCAUAACUUCUUCGCAAAAAUGUUGCCAAUGAUGGUUGAAAGUGGAUAUAUGCAUAUUCAAGCAACUAAGCCGGAUACUGUAGGAACUGCGCUCAACGAUUCACCGAUCGGUCUGGCUGCUUACAUAUUGGAGAAGUUUUCCACAUGGACCAAUGUGAAUAACAGAGCACUACCGGAUGGGGGCUUGACAAAGAAGUUUUCUCGUGAUGAACUUUUGACGAUAGUAAUGAUUUACUGGUUGAAUGGGAAUAUCGUCUCAUCACAGCGAUUCUACCGUGAAUUUUUCCUGGAUGAUCGAAAUCGGGCGUUACAGAAGCAAUAUUUGGCUGUUCCAACCGCACACCUGUCCGCAAUGAAUGAGUUCUUCGACAGGACGCCACCUGAGAUUUCAUCGGUGUUGUACAAUCUGACUCACUACACUGAAGUGGCUGACGUCGGACAUUUUGCUGCCUUUGAAAUGCCUCGCCCUGUUGCCGUUGAUAUAUUCGAUUUUGUUAAGAAAUUGGAGAGUUAA